CUGAGAAGAGAGUGUGAGAACUGAGAAGAAGCGACUAUGGCGAGCAAGAUGUGUCUCCGUUACUCCCUCUUUUUGAUCCUCUUCUCUCUCAUUUCAUUCCAAGGUUUUUCUAAGAAGACGGGAGACGUGUCUGAAUUGCAGAUCGGGGUUAAGUUUAAGCCAAAAACGUGUGACGUUCGGGCUCACAAAGGUGAUAGGAUCAAGGUGCAUUACAGGGGGAAACUUACUGAUGGAACUGUAUUCGAUUCGAGUUUUGAAAGGGGCGAUCCGUUUGAGUUUGAGUUAGGAAGUGGUCAAGUUAUUAAAGGUUGGGAUCAAGGUUUGCUAGGAGCGUGUGUAGGUGAGAAGCGGAAGUUAAAGAUACCCGCGAAACUUGGAUAUGGAGAACAUGGCUCUCCGCCUACUAUCCCCGGUGGUGCAACACUGAUAUUCGACACAGAGCUUAUGGCGAUAAAUGAAAAACCAGCUGGUGGAGAAGAAGAUGGAGGAGAUGAAGAAGGAGAGGGAGAUGGUGACGACGACGAGCUAUGAUUCGGUCUCCAUUCUCCAAACGGGUUUGCUUCAGAGUUCUCCAAACGAAACGAAGAUAAGGACUAUGGGAGUUUUUUUAAUUUAGUCUUUUUGGUACUUCAGUUUUGCUUUUAGGCUUAAAGAUUUGCAGAUGACUGGUAUGGCGAUAUUUCACGUUUACUUUUCAUAAUGGACUCAACUUCAGUUAUAAGCAAAGUAAUCCAAAUAGAAUUAGACUGGAAUGAAAAAGUUUGGCUAGCAAUAUCUGUAAUCUACUUAAGAGUUGAGGAUC